AUGCCUCGUUUCUCACCUCCAGCACCAUCCGUCCCCGGCCACCAAUACUCACCCGCCGCCAACGAAGGAGCGACGACGAAGUGGCAUGGUGAAUCUCGAAUCCCUCUUUCUUCUAUGAGGGUGACCCCGAAGGCGUAAGGUGUCGAAGAGGGGCGGCGGCAGGUGCAAUCUUUCUGUCCCAGCGAUUAUACCUCUUCUUCAUCCUUCCUCUAUCACCUGACGCCAUCGACGGGUCUUCCUCCUCUUGGCUCAAGCCACAGCAGCGAGAGGGAGGGACGACAAGCUAAGCAGCAGUGGCGAACCCGUUCUAUCUGGAUAUCAAUUCUUCAAUCAUCCAGGUGAGUCGUGGCCUAUAUAUACCUAGUGUUAGCAUUAAUUUGUGUAUUAGAAUCCUAUUCAUAUGAAUCUUGCAAUCCAUUGCAAAUUUGUUGAGUUGAUUGUUGAUUUAGGUUUUUGGGAACUUAGUGGGGAGGGGCUGAUUUUCUGGCGAAAUUCCACCUGUUUUCGGACAUCUUGGCUAGGAGUGGGUUGGGGGGGGGGAUCUACUGAAGGGUUGGCACCGUUCAAGCGGAUUUGGGGCCGGUAGUAAGGUAUAGGUAUUGCCCAGCCUGGCAGUGGCCAGCGGCGUGACAUAGGUGGUAAGUGUAUUUAAGUUUACUAUUGGAGAAACGCAGGAGGGAGAGAACGACAAACCGACCGGAGUCAGCUACUCCGUUUCGUGCGUAGGUAAUUUUUUUUUUUUGUUAAAUUUGUUCCAUGAUGUUGUAGUUGAUCUAUACAAGAUUUAGAAUUUUGUGAAAAUAUUGACAAAUAUAUAGUUUAAUUGGGUACUUCAUGAAUUUUUUUGAAUUAUAAUUGUCUUGUUAUAUUUUUAUUAAUUGAAUAUAUUCUUAUGUUGUAAUGUUUGAAGCAAAUGGAUGUACACCCGGGACUUAUUUCACGAGAUGUUUUAGUAAUUGAACCGGGAGAACAUAGGUGUGAUGCGGUUUGGGAGAAUGAAGAAUAUGCUAAAAAUGUAUUAAAGUGUCACAGGACUUGUACUAGUUUAUACACGAAGACUCUUGUUAUUAAUAGACCGGUUCGUGUGAUUGAGAUUUUACGAGAAUAUGGAUAUUAUGGGGUGGAGAAAGUUAGUGGAUUGCAAUUAGAUUUGGCUUUGAUCACUUCUAUAGUGGAGAGAUGGAGACCCGAGACCCAUUCAUUCCAUCUUCCCUUCGGAGAGGUUGGAAUUACUUUGCAGGAUGUAGAGAUUUUGCUUGGAUUGCCCGUAGAUGACAUUCCAUUGGCGGGGAUGACUGGCCGAUCCAGGAAUCAGUGGAUUCAGAUUUGUGAGGACAUGAUGGGAUUUAGGCCUCAUACAUCCGAUAUUACGUCUAAAAUGAUUAAGAUGUCUGCCAUUGGUCCUAAGCAACUAACAAAUCAUAGUAUAGAUGUAGAUUACUUGCAGCAUGCUAGAACCAUUAGGUUUAAGUUGUUGGGUGGUAGCCUAUUUCCCAACACGUCGGGAAAUAAGGUUAGUUUGUAACAUUUAGAGAUUAUCAUUGGUGACGCAAACAUUUUGCGAGGUCGUGCUAUUGGUUCGGCAAUACUCAGUUUCUUGUACCGUAGUAUGUGUCAUGCUAGUGCGACGAAUGCAGCUCAGAUUGGAGGUUGUCUAGUCUUGUUACAUCUUUGGGUUUGGGAGCGUCUGCCUAUGACUAGACCUAGAGGGGUUAUACCAUUGGAUCAUCUAGUAGAUGUCCCAUGCGGAGUCAGGUAUUUGCAGUUUAUUUAUGUAUAUCAUAAAAUUAUAUAGUAUGUUUCAUUCAUGGUUGUGCAUAAUCUUUCACUUGUAGAUGGGUGUGUUACCAUCAAUGGUCAGAUUGUACCAUACACUCCAUACGAGCAUACAGGGACCAGCUAGACAGAUUGCUCGAGGGAGAGGCAAUGAAGGAAAUAGGCUUUAUUGUUGUGUUGUGUGAACCACGCACAGCAAGGGAUAUACUAUGUGGUUGUGGAUGGGUCCUCCAACAAUGGUCACCGCGAGACAUUUGCGAUGAACUUAAAUGUACGAACAUGUACCUGUGAAGAAUGGGUAACAUAUCACAUUCCGUGCAUUCAUGUCCACGCAGUAUGUCAUCAGUGUAGUGUCACCGUGGAUCAUUUGAUUCCUAAUGUUUUUUCAAUCCAGUCCUACAUCAACGUUUAUUCGGGCAUCCUAAUGCCGCUUCCCGACGAGGCCGAAUGGCCUACUCCAGGAUACGAGAUAGUGAGACCAACUGCACGAGCGAGGACACAAAUCAGUCGACCUACAAGAACUCGCUAUCCAAAUAACAUGGACUACCGACCACGACGACGUCGCAAUGAACAAUAGCUAUAUCAUGGAUUUCAAUUAGGUCUAAGUUUAUGUUUUAUGAAUUUCACAAAAUAAUUUAGUUAUGCCAUGUGUUUUGUAACCUUAUUUUUAUGAAUAAAUUAUAUGUACUCGAUCAAUAAAUUUGUUGUGAUUUA